AUGUCCGAACGGCAGCUCCUUAAGGAGUGCGGAUUCAAAGAUAUGAACGAAUUCAUGCUCUCGUACGGCCUCAAGAUCCAAAACCACGCGGACGUGCAGGAGGCCAAGGCAAUUCUCGAUGCGUUCAGAGAGCAGUAUAUCUACGAGGCGACUCAUGCCUCCACGCUCCAACCAGCCCUCCCACAAGCGUCCGACUACCAGAUAAUCAAGGAGGGCGGUUUUCGUGACAUGAAACACUUCAUGGAGUCGUAUGGUCUUCGCAUGCAUGACGACGACGAUUUGCAGGAGGCAAAGGCCAUUCUGCAAAUGAUGAGGAAGAAUGAUGCAGCUGCACAGUCGACGUCGAGGAGCGCGAAGUGA